AUAUAAAAGAAGCAGCCAGGCUUUGAAGCUGCAAGGCCAUUCAAUGCUAACCAAGGUUGCAACAUUGCAACAUUCACACUUGCUUCAAACAGAUAAGAGUUCUUUCUCGUACCCUGGACAUUCCACAGAUAUAUAAACCCCACUUGCCUAGUUUCCAACAGACCUCGCAACCUUUGAGCAUGCCUGCCAUAGAUGUGGGUAAAACGUCAGGCGAGAAUGCUUCUGGAACAUGGUCAGACAGCCUAGAAAACUCACAGCAACCUAGCGAUUCUGGCCAUGAAAGCCUUCGACAACACAUCAGCAUACAAUUUAAUAUACAAACAGGCAAAAGUAUGAUAGUUGGGACCCAAUGUUAGUUGCGCAAAGUGCAUCAGAAUUAGAGAAGCGACGACGUGCACGAGACAGUGUUAAGUUUAUAACACACUUCAUCCACAUGUAAUUAAGUUAAGUUUGAGUGAUAGUGAAGAAUGGUAAAAAAUGGCAGUUAGCAAUAGUUAAGUUUACAGCAUGCACCAGCGUCUCUCACUCGCUAUGCGAGUGUAAUUCUGACCCUUGUUGCACAACCAGCAUUGGGUCCAAGCUAUCAUACUUUUGCCUGCAAACAUUAAAACAAGAUUAAAUAUAAACUAUAUUGAAAAAAAUCCAGUUAAAAACCAAUAAAGCAUAUAAAAAGUUGAAAACCAGGUUCCUAAAGUGUAUAAUCCAAGACUUUGGGAGGGAUCCCUAAAGGCCAUCCAGACUAACCCCUUCCUUCCAGACAGGAAGGCACAAUCCAAUCCCUCCUCACUGAUGGCCUUCCAGUCUCUGCUUAACAAGAAAGGAGGAAAGGAGACUCUACAAUACUCAGAAGGGAGCUGAUUCCACGGUUGAACAGUUCUUACCAUGGGGGGGGGGGGGUUCUCCUAAUGUUUAGAGUCGAAUGGGACCCCAGAGGUCAUGUAGUCUAGCCCAAUUUUAGCCCAAGGAGGCUUUACUGUUCUUUUUUCCUUCUGCUACAGCCCUGAUCAUACAAAUUUAGCAAAUGUUGCUCAUAGUUUGAUAAUAGGUCUCACUCUAUCAUUCCCUGUGCACAUAUAUCAUAUAUACAUAUACUGAUGCCUCUAUUAGGAAAGGAUACAAACUGCAACUCAGUCUUAAAGGCGCAGGAACCUAAUAAGAGUCGUGGCUUUAUCCUCUCCCCCUCCUGUCCAAAGUGGGCGGGGCUUAUUAGAGUGAAUGCCCAAUCAGAACGAGAAAGAAUAGCCGACAACCAAUGGGAGGUGAGAGGACGUUCCAGGAAAUCCCUUUCAAGAAAGAGCAGGAUGACGCCGCGGGGGGCGUGGUUUAGUGCGAGACAGUCCCGGGGCCAAGAUGGCGGAAGCUUAGAGCUGACGUUUGCUGGGAAGAAGGGAACUCAGUGCGCCUGCGCGCAGGUGGGUCCCGACACCAGGGCAGGUCCAGCCUCCUCAGUGCCAUGGACUUCUCCAAGUUCUUGGAGGAGGACUUUGAGGUGAAGGCCUGGGUGAAUGGGGCCUUCCGGGCCGUGCAGCAGGAGGCCCCUGGCAAAGUGGACACCCAUGCGGCCACCCUGGUCAUGAAGCUCCAGCUCUUCAUCCAGGAGGUCAACAACGCAGUGGAGGAGACCAGCCAGCAGGCCCUGCAGAGCAUGCCCAGGGUCCUGCGGGAGGUGGAGGCCCUGAAGCAGGAGGCGGCCUUCCUGAAAGAGCAGAUGGUGCUGGUGCGGGAGGAUAUCAAGAAGCUGGAGCAGGACACGGCUCAGUCCAUGCAGGUCUUGGUCCAGCUGGACCAGGUGAAAUCCCGGAUGCAGGUGGCCGCAGACUCCCUCCAGGAGGCAGACAAGUGGAGCACCCUCAGUGCCGACAUUGAGGAGACAUUUAAGACGCAGGACGUCUCAGUUAUCUCGGCCAAGCUGACCAGCAUGCAGAGCAGCCUGGCGGUGCUGGUGGACACCCCAGAUUACUCCGAGAAGUGCGUCCACUUGGAGGCCCUCAAGAACAGGCUGGAGGCCCUGGCCAGUCCCCAGAUCGUGGCAGCUUUCAAUGCCCAGUCUGUGGACCAGUCCCGAGUGUUUGUGAAAGUCUUCACAGAAAUCGACCGCAUGCCCCAGCUGCUGGCUUACUACUACAAAUGCCACAAGGUGCAGCUGGUGUCUGCUUGGCAGGACCUGUGCCAGUCAGACCUGCCUUUAGACCGUCAGCUGACAGGGCUCUAUGACCUGCUGCUGGAGACCUGGCACACACAGCUGCAGUGGGCCAUGCAGGUUUUCAAGGCCCCACAUCAGGUGGUGACGGUGCUGCUGCUCCAGGCCUUGGGGGCUUUGGUGCCCCCCAUCCCGGCCUGCCUGAGUUCGUCGAUGGAACGCGCCGGACCCGAUGGCAAGCUGGACCUCCUGCUGGGCCUCUAUGAGACCACCACUUUUUUUGCUCGGGGCCUAGAGGCCGCGAUGAUACCUUGCCUGAAGGACUGCAACCUGGUGAAGGUGGGGGAGCUGGUGGAAGCCACUUACGGCCCUUACAAGCCCUUCCAGAUGCAAUAUGGGGCCUUGGAGGAGGAGAACCUGCUCAUCCAAAUGAGUGCCGUCCCACUGGAGCAUGGAGAGAUCCUUGACUGUGUCCAGGAGCUGAGCCACUCGGUCAGCAAGCUCUUUGGCCUGGCCUCGGCCGCUGUGGACCACUGCCUCCAGCUGACUGAUGGCCUUGGCGUGGGUGGCCUCCUCAAGGCCCUGAGGGCCCUCUUCCACAAAUACUCCUCGGACUUCAGCAACACCCUGCUCUCCAUCCGGAAGAAAUGCCAGUUGGACGAGAUCCCUUCGGAUUUGCUCUUCCAGGAAGACUGGGGCGCUUUCCAGACGGCUGUCCGCAUCAUUGGGACCUGCGGAGAGCUCCUGCGUCAGUGUGGAGACUUCGAGCAACAGCUGGCAAACAGGAUCCUCUCCAGGGCAGGCAAGUACCUGUCAGACACCUACAGCCCCUGCAGCCUGAGCGGCCUCCAGGAGCCCUCUCCAGAGAAGCCCAGUCCCUUCAAGAACCCCUGGCAGGAGCACAACUACCUCCAAGCAGAGAGCCCUGCUGAAUAUGCGGCCCUCCUGGAGACCCUCUACACACUCAAGGAGAAAGGGACCAACCAUAACUUGCUUUCGGCCUCGCGCUCAGCCCUCGCCCGCCUAAACCAGUCGGCCCACCAGCUGGCCUUCGAGUCCGUUUUCCUUCGCAUCAAGCAACAGCUCCUGCUGGUCCCCAAGAUGGAGGCCUGGAGCACUGGAGGCAGCGGAGAGAUGCUCACGGACGACCUGCCCAACUUCAGCCUCACCCCCCUGGAAUACAUCAGCAAUAUCGGCCAGUAUCUGAUGUCCCUCCCGCUACACUUGGAGCCCUUUGUGACGACCCAGGAGGACUCAGCCCUGGAGCUGGCCUUGCAUGCCGGGAAGCUCCCCUUCCCCCCGGAGCAAGGUGAUGAGCUUCCGGAGUUGGACAACAUGGCUGACUAUUGGCUAGGCUCCCUGGCCAGGGCCACCAUGCAGACUUACUGUGAAGCCAUUCUCCAGAUCCCUGAGCUCAGCCCGCACUCUGCCAAGCAGCUGGCCACGGAUAUUGACUACCUUGCUAACGUGAUGGACGCGCUGGGCCUCCAGCCAUCCAAGGCUCUCCAGAAUACUGUCACCCUCCUCAAGACCAAACCCGAGGACUAUAAGCAGGUGGCCAAGAGCUUCCCCCGGCGCCUGGCCAGUACCGUCGCAUCCAUGCGGGGCUUAGACUAUUGAGCCAAUGCCUGGAGUCUGCAGCGGGGCUUUGGGGCAGAGUCCUCUGCGGCCCCACUGUGUGUGCCUGGAGUUUCCCCAUCUCACCUUGCAGGGUCGUUGUGCAUCUACCUGGUGCUGGUCUGAAGAGGAAACAGACACGGAGGCUGCCUUUCGAAAGCACUUGGUGAUGUGAGUGAAAUGUUCAGAUUUGUAAAUUAAUAAAACUCUUUAACAGUG